AUGUCGGGGUCGGCCAACCAGGACUCCUCCGCAACGGACCCUUCGUCAACGCGGUGGCAGUUCAUUGACGCCUCAAACAACCCGCGGAGUAACCUGACCCAAGUAAAACGCCAUGUGAUGCAGGAGUAUUUGCGCCAGAAGCGCCAGGAUACCGGCGACAGUCGUCGCGAUGACGAGGAUGCGGCAGAGCCGGCACAAUCACAAUCGCAAUCGCAGCGAAAAGCACGACGAUCGCAGAGGUCGAAACCAUCCACUAAAAGCACACAGACGAGGAAGAAUACCACCGUUGAUCACCCCAGUCAAGGUGCCGAGUCGAAAGAACUGCAGCCCCAUGUUGGACCCUCACAUCUAAUACCCGACGAGGAUGUUAUAGUCAUUGACAGACCGUCCCUUGACGGAACGAGCUAUACAUCCACCCUCCCAAUCAUCUCCGCCUCCACCUCGUCGAGCUCCUCACAGUCGCCUGAGCUCUUCGCCAUCUACGCAUCGAGCGACCAAAGUAGCCGCUCAGACUCCACUCUCUUGACGCCGCCGUUAUCCAUAGUGUCAUCCCCGUUCGACCGCGGUCUUUCGCCGAAAACCAUCCUCAGCGCGGCGCGCACCGACCCCUUCAACACCUUACCCAUGGAACUCGACCUGGAAGGCCAGCAGCUAUUCGAUUUCUACGUGAACGAGAUGCCCGCCUGCUCCUACGGGACGCACUUCCGCUCCCCGAAAGCCCACAACUGGUAUACGGCGGUGUUCGUCCCCAUGGGCAUGAAAGGCGCAGUCGCUUUCCAAAACACCAUCCUCGUCCACGCCGCAAACACAUGGGCCUGGGUGCGCAACGAGGAGGAAACCGACUACACCCUCAUCCACCGCAACCGCGCCAUCUCCAUGCUGCGUGAGCACAUGGCCACGCACCCGGGCGACAUCUCCGACGUCGCCAUCAUCGCCUGUCUCAGCGCCGCCGGCCUGGAAGACUUCGACCCGCGCCCCGGCCACAAACCCAUCAGCUGGAUCCACAUGCGCGCCGCGCGGGAGAUGAUCCGCGCGCGCGGCGGGCCGCCCGCGUUCGAAAACACCCGGCUGGGCAUGCUGAUCAACUGGCAAGACUACAUCCUCUCCGGCUACGAGACCAAGGGCCCGAGCUUCUUCUUCGAGCCCACACCCCCCGUCACCCAGCCCAAGGACGAAGUCCAGCACCAGUGCUACGAGUUCCUCGACUUCCUCCGCCGCUGCGAGCACCUCGCCCUCCACCAGCGAUCCCAGUCCAGCGACGCACACUCGCAACCACGCCAUGCGGCCUUCGCCGAGUCCGCGCUGCUACAUCGCAUCCUCGCCGCCCCGCCGGGGCUGCGCUUCACCGCGUCCGGCGACCGCAAGCAGUUCGUCGCGCGGCUAGUCGCGCUGAUCAUGCUCAACGCCGCGCUCUGGGACUAUCGCUUCUCGGCCGCAUACACAGCCGCGUUCCUGCGCUCGCUCGAGCGCGCCGUGCACGACAGCGAGGUCAGCAUGAGCGGGUCCGUCGAGGCCCUGCUGCAGAUCAUGCUGGAGUGCAAGGACGGCACGAUCGAUGGCACCGCGCGCGAUGGAGACCCGGUGUCGUUUAUCCCGCCGAGCGCCGCGGACGACGCCCUCGUCGCGGACUUCUCGCAGUACGCGGUCGCGGCGACGACGCCGUACGGCCGGCCGUGGUUCGCGGGCCGCAUGCUCAAGGUCGCCAAGCGGCUGAGCAAGGAGUCGUGGAUGAACGUGCAUGAUUUUCUGUUUUUGUGUCUGACGCUGCAGGUGGAUGCACCGGUCGUCGCGGCGUGGGAGAGCGCGCUGCGCAGGGAGGUGCUGAGCGCGCCGUUGACGAGCUAUGUCAUGCCUGCUUUGAGUGAGGGUUGA